AGAUUCUACUUAUUUAAUUUUCAAAAAUGAGGCUAAAGGUAGACAAUCGCAUAAGAACUGUGCUUGAAAAUGCAGCAGCGACGCACCACAGGGCUCUUGUUGUCCUCGUUGGACAAAAAAGUCAAGAUCAGGUGGUUUUCAUCCAUAAUAUGUUGAGCAACACCUGUCUGCAUCAAGCUUCUGUUUUGUGGUGCUACAAAAAGGAACUGUCUCUAUCAUCUAAUAAGAAGAAGCGAUUCAGACAGAUUCAGGCUGCAAUUAAAACUGGCGAGGUUGAUCCAAAUGAAGAUAAUCUUUUUGAGAAGUUUGUUUCCAACACUACAAUAAAAUACUGCUACUAUAAAGAUACCUUCAGGGUCCUGGGCAACACCUUCAAAAUGUGUGUCCUACAGGAUUUUGAAGGUGUAACAGCCAAUACCCUGUGCCGAGUAGUGGAGACAGUUGAAGGAGGAGGUUGCAUUGUUCUUCUCCUGCAGUCACUUGACUCCUUGAAGCAGCUCUAUACUCUUUGCAUGGACGUCCAUGCUCGCUACCGCACUCAUGCACACACCACUAUUGUACCAAGAUUCAAUGAAAGAUUAUUGCAGUCACUCUCAACAUGUCGUACAUGCAUUGUUAUUGACGAUCAUUUGCGAGUGGUUCCCCAUUCAUCACACAUUGCAACUGUUAAGCCUCUAAAUCACAAGCUUGCCAAUGCUGCAGACACUCAAGAAAACCACAAACUUGUUGCUCUUAAGAAAAGUGUUGCUGAUACACCUCCUGUUGGCAAGUUGGUUGAACUCUGCAAAACUUUGGAUCAGGCCAAGGUGCUACUACAGUUUUCACUGUGCAUCACAGAGAAGCUCUUGAGAACUACUGUAUCACUAACUGCUGCCAGGGGGAGAGGCAAGAGUGCUGCAAUGGGCUUAGCUAUAGCUGAAGCCAUUGCAUUUGGUUAUGCAAAUAUAUAUGUGACCUCACCAAGUCCAGAAAAUUUAAAAACUCUUUUUGAAUUUGUUGAAAUGGGCUUACAAGCUGUUGGUUAUGAGGAACAACUGCACUACAGUGUCGAGCGCUCUAAUGACCCUAACUUGCACAAGUGCGUUACGCGUAUUAAGGUCUUCCGUGACUACAGACAAGUUGUUCAGUAUAUUACUCCAGAAGAAGACUGGGCUCUGGGUCAGGCUGAACUGUUGGUUAUAGAUGAAGCCGCUGCCAUACCCUUGCCCUUAGUACGACGUCUUCUCGGGCCAUAUCUGGUAUUCCUGUCAUCCACUGUUGCUGGUUACGAAGGUACAGGAAGAUCUCUUGCUCUCAAGCUGAUUGCUGAGCUCAGGGAGGAAACAAACAAAUCGGUUCCUCAAAACAGUGAUCUCAAGAAGACCACAACUACGGCUAAGCGGAAACUUGUUGAGCUGACAUUGAAGGAGAGCAUCAGAUAUCGCUCAGGGGACCCAGUGGAGGCUUGGCUCUCAGCAUUGUUGUGUCUGGAGCCAUCACUCCCUUCCUUGCCAACUCCUUUGCCGUCUCCUGAAGAAUGUCAGCUGUUCUACGUUAACAGAGAUUCACUAUUUUCCUACAGUCAGGUUACGGAAGAGUUCCUAGGGAGCGUUCAGUCUCUGCUGGUGUCGUCUCACUACCGCAACAGUCCUGAUGACCUGCAGCAGCUGUCUGACGCUCCUGCUCACCACCUCUUCGCAUUGCUGACACCUCAAGCUCACACAGAUUCGCUUCCAUCUGUGCUCGUCGUCAUUCAGGUUGUUCUGGAAGGAGGCAUAAGCCGGAGUUCGACCAUCAAGGGUCUGAGCUGCUCAGACGGUGAGCGUCCUGCCGGUGACCUCAUUCCUUGGACUCUGAGUAACGCAUUCCAAAAUUAUGAGCUGCCUCAGCUGUCCGGGGCGCGCGUGCUGCGCAUAGCCACUCAUCCCGCUGUGCAGGGCCGCCGUUAUGGAUCUCGGGCACUAAAACUCUUACAGGAAUAUUAUGCCUCCAACUGCCAUCUUGCCAGUAUAAAGGAGCUCGCCUUAGCUACACUUAGCGACGACAAGCACGCUGUGAAGGUGGUGGGUAAAGGUGAACUCGCAAAAGUCGGCAAGGAAGACACUGAGGAAGCUUUGCCUCCACUCCUGGUGCCACUGGAACAGCGACCUGCAGAGGCCGUGCAUUAUCUUGGCGUUGCUUUUGGAGUAACUCAACAGCUCUUGGGUUUCUGGAAAAGGGCUGGAUUCACGCUUGUCUACCUUGGCCAAGAGUGCAGCAGCGUGACUGGUGAGAGCACAGUAAUCAUGCUGCAACAGCUUCACCGGUCCGCAGACUCGGAAGAAAGCAACGGAAUGGAGGUGCAAUGGGUGACUACGUUGUGGCACGACUGUCGGAAGCGCCUCCUUUUUCUCAUCAAUUCCUGCAUUCAAAACUGCUCCAGCCAAUUUGCUUUAAGUCUGCUUACAAACUCCACCAUCAAAAAGUCCAAGAAAGGGAAUUUAAAGGCUGUUCGUACGGCGGUGACUCUAAGCGACGUGCAUCGCUUAAGUAACUUCGUGCGACACCAAUGCGAGGCGGCGUUCAUCCGGGACCUUCUGCCCACGCUCGCCAGGCUCUACUUUUGCGAGCACAUUGCGCGCUGCUCGCUCAAGAGCGUGCAGGCUGCCGUGUUGGUUGGUCUAGGUCUACUGAACAAGACAGAAGCUCAGGUUGCUGAGGAGUUUUCUCUGAACAUUGCCCUUGUGCUGCAGCAGAAACGCGACCUCAUUUCCACCCUCCAUGAUGCCUUGAAAGCGAUGCUGGAGAAGCCUGAAGAAGAUCCAGAAGGCGAGACGGGGUUAAAAGAAGCGGCUCGCAUAGUCGAGGCCGCUAAGCUGGAGCUUGUUGAAAGCCAACGUCGCGCUCAGGAGAACAGUGAAGACCUGCAAGAGUUUGUGCUGCGGCAGAAGAAGCGCGAUGAUCGCGAGCAGCAGAACGCUGAAGACGUUCAUAAGAAAAAACGCAAGAAGUUGGAGGUCACGGAAUUGAAAAAGGCGAAGAAACUUCUAUAAAAUUUUCGAGA